CUUCCGAGUCUGCUCUCCUCCUCCUCCUGCCGGGCCGGGAAACCCAGCCCCGAGCUAGUCUGCGGAGGCUGCGAUCGCCCCCACCACCCGGACCUGCGGGGAGGUCCUGUCCUGCGCGAGAUGGCAACUGAGGCCCGGACUUCUGAACUUGACCCGAAAAGAUAAAACGUGCAAACCCUUUGGGAUGCUGGGGAGGCUGGGACUGAACUGAAAUAGGCGUGAAGAGGCGUCCCGGACGUGCAGUAGAGCCCUGCUGGGGGACAUGUCAGCUCGGACCAUGGGUGCACGAGGUCUGGACAAGCGAGGAAGCUUCUUUAAGCUCAUUGACACAAUUGCCUCAGAGAUCGGAGAACUAAAACAAGAGAUGGUGCAGACGGAUGCCAGCCUGGAAAAUGGACUGGAAUCUGCCAAAGACCCCAGGCACUUGAACUUUCCACCCUCUCAGUUCUUCUUGGCACCAGAACCCGGAAACCUAAAGUUCUAUAUGCCAUAUCCAACCUACUCACGGUGAUGGAAAAAAAUAACGCAGCGUGAUCCUCCGUGUGCAAAAUAGAAUUCAGUGUAGCUCGUGUCAGUCUCCAGAAGGUUUAAAGGGGAGCAGUAAAGAGGAUGGACUCAUUUUGCGUUCUCAGCAUGGUGAGACACCAGGAUGAUGACUACCGUGAGGAAGAGGAUAUGACGGCCAGUCCCCGGGACUCUGGCUACGACAGCCUCUGCAACAGACUGAGCAUUUUGGACCGGCUUCUCCACACCCACCCCAUCUGGCUGCAGCUAGGUCUGAAUGAGGAGGAGGCGGCCCAAGUCCUACAGCCUCAGCCUCCCGGGAUCUUCCUGGUUCGUAAAUCCACCAAAAUGCAGAAGAAAGUCCUCUCCCUUCGCCUGCCCUGUGAAUUUGGAGCCCCACUCAAGGAAUUUGCCAUAAAGGAAAGCACAUAUACCUUUUCCCUGGAAGGCUCAGGAAUCAGUUUUGCUGAUUUAUUCCGGCUCAUUGCUUUCUACUGCAUCAGCAGGGACGUUCUGCCGUUUACCUUGAAGUUGCCUUAUGCCAUUUCAACAGCCAAGACUGAGGCUCAGCUUGAAGAACUAGCCCAGCUGGGACUAAAUUUUUGGAGCGCUCCAGCUGACAACAAACCCUCAAACCCUCCACCUCCCCAUAGGCCUCUCUCCUCGGCCGGCGUCGGUGCCGCCUCGCGUCAGCUCUGCCUCAUAAAUGGAGUGCAUUCUAUAAAAACCAGGACGCCCUCGGAGCUGGAGUGCAGCCAGGACAACCGAGCCCUGUGCUUCAUUAACCCUCUCUUCCUGCAAGUGCACAGCCAGGACCUCGGGGGCAGCCUGAAGCGGCCGGGCGCGAGGACUCCCAACGCCAAUGGCACCGAGAGGCCUCGGUCCCCCCCACCCCGGCCCCCGCCACCCGCUAUUAAUAGUCUGCACACAAGCCCUCAGCUGUCCAGGACGGGGACCCAGACGAGCAUGCCAGAAACAGCCAGGCAUGACACCCACGGGAACGGAGCUCGGCUGGGCACCAAACCAGCCCCCGUCCCCCCGCCCCGGCUGAAGAAGCAGGCUUCUUUUCUGGAAGCCGAGGGCGGCGCGAAGCCCUUGGCCGGCGCCGGGCCCGAGGCGGGCGCAGCUGGCAGCCCAGGUGGGGCCCCGCCCGGGGAGGGCGCUGCGGAUUGCACAAGGGCCCGGCCUCCCGCCCCUGCGUCCCGGCCCCCGUGGCAUGGAGGCCGGCAGAGGCUGAGCGACAUGAGCCUGUCCACUUCCUCCUCCGACUCGCUGGACUUCGACCGCAGCAUGCCCCUCUUCGGCUACGAGGCGGACACCACGAGCAGCCUGGAGGACUACGAGGGCGAGAGCGAUCAGGAGACCAUGGCGCCCCCCAUCAAGUCCAAGAAGAAGAGGAGCAGCUCCUUUGUGCUGCCCAAGAUCGUCAAGUCCCAGCUGCGGAAGAUGAGCGGCGUCUUCAGCUCCUUCCUGACCCCCGAGAAGCGCAUGGUGCGGCGGAUCGCGGAGCUGUCCCGCGACAAGUGCACGUACUUCGGCUGCCUGGUGCAGGACUAUCUGAGCUUCCUGCAGGAGAACAAGGAGUGCCACGUGUCCAGCACGGACAUGCUGCAGACCAUCCGGCAGUUCAUGACCCAGGUCAAGAACUACUUGUCCCAGAGCUCCGAGCUCGACCCCCCCAUCGAGUCGCUGAUCCCCGAGGACCAAAUCGAUGUGGUGCUGGAGAAAGCCAUGCACAAGUGCAUCUUAAAGCCCCUGAAGGGGCACGUGGAGGCCAUGCUGAAAGACUUCCAUGUGGCCGAUGGCUCCUGGAGGCAGCUGAAGGAGAACCUGCAGCUCGUGCGGCAGAGGAAUCCGCAGGAGCUGGGGGUCUUCGCCCCCACCCCCGAUUUUGUGGAUGUGGAGAAAAUCAAGGUCAAAUUCAUGACCAUGCAGAAGACGUAUUCCCCGGAGAAGAAAGUCAUGUUGCUGCUGAGAGUCUGCAAGCUCAUUUACACCGUCAUGGAGAACAACUCAGGGAGAAUGUAUGGAGCGGAUGACUUCCUGCCAGUACUGACCUAUGUCAUAGCUCAAUGUGACAUGCUCGAGCUGGACACGGAAAUCGAGUACAUGAUGGAACUGUUGGACCCGUCGCUGUUACACGGAGAAGGAGGCUAUUACUUGACCAGCGCCUACGGAGCACUUUCGCUGAUAAAGAAUUUCCAGGAAGAGCAAGCUGCACGCCUGCUCAGCUCAGAGGCCAGAGACACCCUGCGGCAGUGGCACAAAAGGAGAACCGCCAACCGGACGAUCCCUUCCGUGGAUGACUUUCAGAAUUAUCUCCGAGUUGCAUUCCAGGAGGUCAACAGUGGCUGCACAGGAAAGACUCUCCUCGUGAGACCUUACGUCACCACCGAGGAUGUGUGCCAGCUCUGCGCUGAGAAAUUCAAGGUGGGGGACCCUCAGGAGUACAGCCUCUUUCUCUUUGUUGACGAGACUUGGCAGCAACUAGCCGAGGACACUUACCCUCAGAAAAUCAAGGCUGAGCUGCACAGCCGGCCACAGCCCCACAUCUUCCAUUUUGUCUACAAACGCAUCAAGAAUGACCCUUACGGCGUCAUUUUCCAGAAUGACGAAGAAGACCUCGCCAGCUCAUAGAAGACACAGGGACUUCCCGGCAGUACAUCCAAAGGGGGGGGGGGUGCUGGGGGCAUUGCCUUCUGGCUUCUACGUGCUUGAGCUUAGAAAGCUGUCACCUUCUGGAGACCUCUCAGUUCAGGGAGCGGCCGAGGAUGUCUUUAGCUGCCUCGCUCAAGCAAGGUAGCUAAAGUCCAUGCAAGAGUCAGUGUCUCCUUCAGCGACGGAGAAGGCGUUGGAUGGUUCUAGAGUUCUGAGAUUGUUAGCUACCUACCCCUCAGCCAGGUUCCGUGUUGUCUUAGAUGUGUAUACAUAUGCUGAGAAAACAAGAUACAAGUUCUUCCCUUGAAUUCACCAGCACAUGUUUGACCAGACUGUCCGAUGCGGUGCAUCAGGUACUUCUCUCAGCUUUGUGGAUGGCUCUUUCCUUUCUUAUUUUCUAUUUCUUUCUUUCUUUUUUUUUUUUUUUUUUUAAGAAAAAGAGCCUUUGGGUUUUUAUAUAUUUCAUAGAAAUUUUUAUAGCAGUUGCAGGUAAACUGUCAGGAUUGGUUUUUAAAAUAUUUUUGUAACUUUAAAAUAUUCUAUAAUUAUGCAUGUGAUUUUAACAUUUAAUAUUCCAAGAUGAAUCUCUUGCUGGAUUUGAGAGUAUUGCCUUUUACAAGUUUCUCUUCUGUAACUGGAUGUUUGGGCAACUUUGUUGGGAGAGACUGCUGGAUUUCUUGAAGCAAUAUGUUACUGACACUGGCCACAGGAUGCCUUUAGAAAUCUGAUGUACUGUUUUCUUGUUCAUGUUCAGUGGUGUUGUGCUGUUUUGUUUUUUAAACCAGCAAUGCUGAGAAUAAGGAAAGAAAUGAAUGUAGAGAGAGGGAGAGAGAGAAUAUACAGACUAACAAAGGACUAAGGAGUACAGUCUGCUGGUUCAGGCUCUCCGGAGGAAGUAGGAAAAGACGAUCAAAGGAACCAAGUAUGCUUAAAAUACUGUAAAUAUGCAAUGAGAUUUGGCAAAAAAUCUAUCCCAUAUGUUAUUUGCUUUUGGAAACUAUUUUGAAGACCCCAAGAGGAAAAAAAAAUCAACAAUAACCCACAUCAAUCAAAACUAACCGCAUCAAAUUGUUUUGGACAGAAACCAAGGAGCAUGUAAUUCAGCUUUUGUUGUGUUCAAUAAGAUGUUGUUUGGAAAAGAAUUUGCAAAGUCACCAAAAAGCAUUGUAGGAAUGUAUGGUGAUGUUAAAUUUGCAGGUUUUAUAAAACCUACUUGCAGGUGCACAAACUAGGAGUGUCUUGUAUCAACGUAACACAGAUAAUUACAAAAACAUGUUAAUGUUCUGUAUAAACACUUGUAGUCUUCGGAUUGGGUUGGUUUUGUGCCUUGUACCUUUUUUAGCCUUGGCUUUCUCUGUACAUCUAGACCCCUCAGCACAUACCAUGUUGUAUUUCUUUUUGUAAAUGAUUUUUUAAAUGGAAUUUUGCACAUAAUACAUUGUAAUACUGUAUGAUAA